AGAGACACAGAGGAAAGAGGAGGUCAAAUGUACUUUGAAAAACGUGAGGCUACCUCCAGGAAAGACACAAGGUAGAAGACAUUAGCGUUGAGGUUAAUUUAGAAGGCAUAUGUUACAGUGCAGUGAUCAGAGUUUAAUGCAAACAUAAAUGUGUUUUUUUGGUUGUUUUGUCGGAGUCACACAGUCGCACAUGAAUGUGACAGCUAUUUAGCUAACAGUCGAUGCUAACGUUAAAUGUGGCGUGUUCGUGUAUAGCCUGGAUACUCAAUUGUGACUUAUGCUUGCAAGUAAGCUUUAUAAUCGUCCGUUUAAAGGUAAUGUAAGGGUUAUCUCCUCAGACUCGCAGGUCUGGUCGCGAUAAACGUUAGCUGGACGUUGUUUUGUCUUUGGGAACUUGUCACGGUCACAGCUGUCAUGUUUCACUCCGUUCCCCGACGUCCAAUCUGCGAUAUCGGUGCGAAUACAAUGAGGCUUCAAAGCAGUCGGUCAUUCAGGCGAGCUGUGGAGGAGGGUAGCGCAAGGCUGGAGAGGGGGGUCCCGUGGCUGGGCAGGAGCAUGGGCCUGCUGCUGUCCUGGGUCCAGAGGGCAGGUGUCGGUGCAGGUGAGGCCUUGGGGUCCGGCCAAAAGAGGAAGGGCUUGCUCUCCAUAUUCGCAGACCACUGCGGCUUUGUGACCGGACAGAGGCUUCGGCGUGCCUGUCAGAUUGGAGAGCUCUACUCGAACCUGUACUCCGAGAGGACAAGAUGGACCCUGGUUGGAAACAUAUGGCGCAGAUUUCAGAGCAAGCAUGCGCCCAAUGGGAGACUUUUUGCGGCUCUGGCUGGUGUCUUCAUGUGGGAGAACGAGAAGAUCCAAGAUGAGGAAAUACGCAGGUGUGGAUUUGAGCUGCAGGCCAUGGAGAAUGUAAAAAGUGCAAACACAGCUUCAGGAACCACAGCGGGACAGCUGGAACUUGGCUGGGAAGUUGUGAUGGAGAAGAAGGACUUCAAAGUGUGGAAGCGCCCUAUUCCCAACAGUCACCUCUAUGAAUACAGAGUGUUGGGCUCCUACAACGAUGUCACCCCAAGACAGUUUUUCAAUGUGCAGUUGGACACAGAGUACAGGAAGAAGUGGGAUUCUCUGGUUAUCAAGCUUGAAGUUGUUGACAGAGAUGUUGGUACAGGCUCUGAAGUUCUGCACUGGGCUACACACUUCCCUUAUCCCAUGUACUCGAGGGACUACGUGUAUGUGCGCCGCUAUGAUGUUGAUUUAGAAAACAACCUGAUGGUCCUAGUGUCCAGAACUGUGCAGCAUCCCAGAGUGCCAGAGACUCAGGAAUUUGUAAGAGUCCAUUCCUACCAGUCAAAGAUGGUCAUUCGCCCUCACAAGUCCUUUGAUGAGAAUGGAUUUGACUAUCUGCUGACUUACAGCGACAACCCACAGACUGUCUUUCCCCGUUACUGUGUGAGCUGGAUGGUGUCAAGUGGUAUGCCUGAUUUUCUUGAGAAGCUCCAUACUGCUGCCUUGAGGGCCAAGAAUCUGGAAGUUGGGAUCUACGACUAUGCAGGCGUCAUUAAAUCCAGUGACACCAACCGCCAGGCGAGCCAGGAGCGCCUAAGUGGAGAGAACCACCACACAGGUGGUUCUGGACAGAUAUAUGCUUGAGCAGAAUAUUUCACAGACCGAGGGUUAUAUUGGUGGGUUUUCACUUGCACUUAACCUGACUCAAUCCCUCCAAAUUUGUGUCUUUGGGUACUGUACAUUGCAUGAAAUGCAAAUGGAAGCUACAACCUACAUGAAAACAAAUGAUGUGUCCAUCCAUAGACAUGGUUAUGUUGGUUGUAAAUAAGAUGUCAGAAGAGCAUUGGACUUUUGGAUGAAAUGUUGCCAUGAACUUGUCACACAGACUGCUGGCACUAGCAUUUAAUUAGCUUCGCCAGACUUUGCCACAUGGCCUUUGUGCCUCCUUUCGGUAUAACGUUUGUUGUAGAAGCAUUGGUAAGAUCAUGACAGAAUUCCUCAUUGUUUAGAUGCUUUUGCCAAAGCACUGUUUUCUAUCAUUCAAUAUCAGUUCUUCCAUUAUUCAGCAAGGCUCGACUAUAAAAGUUGUUCAAACACCCAGCAGCUACAUCACUGUAUUGGUGUCUCUGUCAUGAUUUAACAAAGAUGUGUUGCAAAUGGUUUUGCAAUAUUGGACAUAAAUGGUUACUGUGACUGUCUGCUGUUUGCGGUAAAUAUGACAAACUAAAAAAUUGCCGUCAAUAUCUCUGCACUGAUUAAGAACUGAGGAUGAGUAGUGAAAGCUUUCUUAUAUGUAUUUGCGUCUCAUAUUGAAAUCGUCUGCUGUCCCAUUUGCUUGGAGUGAUUUUACAUGGCUGGAUAGGAUGGACUUAAAAAAAAAAAAAAACUUCAACACAAUUAUGCCAUUAUUAGAAAAAUGUGUCAAUGGAUUGAAAGUACAACUUAGAGCUUCUCUUUUUGUUUUGAGCAUGGCAUUGUUUCAUUGUCAGCACAGUCCAGGUUUCACACUGUCCAUCUCUCCAUGUUUGUUGAAAAUUGCCAGCGGUGACAAAACAGCCUUUCUGAAGAUAAACCAGUCCUUCAGCAUUAGGGGCAUAGUGUCUUAUAACAACAGAAAUCCUCAGAUUGAAUUGUACUAAUGUGCUUCAGUCUAGUUCAACUGGCCAAGAAAACCCCACAGACACCAUUUUAAUAAGCCAAUGCCCUCUUCUUGGAAAAUGGAGCACUUUUGCCACAUCCUGAACCAUAAACAUUUCAUAAUGGCAAAAAAAAAAAGUGAGUUGGCCCGUUCUUAUCCUUGUGCAUGGGUAUAGCAAACAUCACAAAAGGGUGCACCAUUGGAGAUAAUUUUUUUUUUUGUGUGUGUGUGUCAUUGUGUAGAUCGUGUACAUACAUAAAACCAUUGCCUGGAUACUGGAAAUUCCUGUUUUUAUGAGCACAACAUGCUCUGUAACAGUUGGCUUCUCCCUUCAUGAUUCUUACGUUUUUGUUAUUCCUGUUGGUUCCACUGAAACUCCUGUCUUCAUCCUUCCAAAUAAAUCAUCCAUGUAGAUUUUUAAAUUAUCUGUUUGCAGGGGGUGUUAUGAAUGUAUAAAGAGCCCCACGUGCUAUGGAAUAAAGUACACUGUUUACAGCCUGACCAUCUGGCACACAUAUCUUGAAAUCUAUGUUAAAAACAUCUCAUGUACUAAAAUGUUAUCUUAUGUUUGUCAUAUGUGGCCCAUUAGACUGAAUGAGCAGCUGUAACUAUAUAAGAUAAAGCAGUGACAUGGGAUCCACUUUUGUCAAGAUUCCCUAAUAUGUAUAUUAAUAGAAACCCCCACUGUGUUUAUACCUGAUUCUUUUGUGAAGAUUUCCCACUAAUGACUGAAAAUAGUAGUCCAUAUAAGAUACACUAGAUAUGUUUAAAGUGUAAAGGAGGAAAUUAAAUCAUUCUUUUUUAUCAUGUGAGACUUUAAGAUAACACCCCAAUCUAACAUCAUGCAUUGUUUGCGAAUGUAACGUGUUAAUGCUCUGCCACCUGUGUGCCGCCUGCACUAGUGUAAAGGAGAGGUUGCUUACUGGUUUUGUUUUUUUGUGUCCUAUUCAGGCAGUACUACAUGUGUUGUACUUAGCCACAACAUGUGAUUUUUUUUUUUUUUUUUUUAGAAAAGAAUUAUCGUUUGAACAUGAGCCGGUACACUUGUUACCUUGUGAUUGGAAGAAUGAUUUAAAUGGAAGAGCAACUAAUCAGAUCGAAUAAACAGAUCUUCAUGUGUGUCAUACUGUU